ACCCUCCAAAGUAGCAUAAAUGGCCGACCGGGCACCAGAAUCCACGACCCAACAAACAGAAAAGAAAGACAAAGCCCCAAUCUUAUCGCAAUCGGCACGAUCUGGUCUUCAGUUCCCCGUCGGUCGUAUUCAUCGCUACCUGAAAGAGAAAAGUCGACACAAUGCACGUGUGGGAGCAAAGGCAGCAGUGUACACGGCAGCGAUCCUUGAGUACCUGACGGCCGAAGUGCUCGAACUUGCAGGCAACGCGACCAAGGACCUCAAAGUCAAACGUAUCACGCCUCGACACUUGCAACUGGCGAUCCGUGGUGACGAAGAACUGGACCAGUUAAUCAAGGCUACGAUUGCUGGAGGUGGUGUCCUGCCUCAUAUCCACAAGUCUUUGAUUGGCAAAACAAAGAUGGGUAAAAAGGUUUAA